AUGUCAGAUAGGGUUGACUGGUUACAAAGCCAAAAUGGGGUAUGCAAAGUUGAUGUCUAUUCACCUGGAGAUGGCCAACCCCAGGACUGGAAAAUGGAAGUCUCGACGGAUCCUGUCAGAGUGCUCAGCUGGCUCCGCAAGGACCUGGAGAAAAGUACGGCCGGGUUUCAAGACGCUAGGUUCAAACCCGGAGAAUCACCAGUUGGUGGGGAAGUGACCAACCCAGGAGACCCAAGUAAAGGUUUCUCUGUGGACUACUACAAUAACUCCAACAGCGGCGUUCCAGGGAAAAUUCAUUUUGAGAUGACUCACAAAGAGAACCCUCUCCCGGGCCCCACUGCCCAAGUUGGUAACGGGAGUACAAUAGAUGAAGUUUCCUUCUAUGCUAACCGCCUCACAAAUUUAGUCAUAGCCAUGGCCCGCAAGGAGAUCAAUGAAACAAUCGAUGGCUCUGAAAACAAAUGUGUCCAUCAGUCAGUGUACAUGGGGGAUGAACCCCCACUCAACAAAAGCCUGAGUAAGGUGGCAUCAGAUCUGGUGAAUGACACUGUCUCUGAAUGUUCCAAGAAUGCUGGUUCCGUUAAGGGUCCUGGCUCUGGUGACAGAGUCUUAGGAUCAUUACAGAGUCCCUCGAGUUUGAAAUACAAGACCACUUUAAAGAUCAAGGAAAGCAAAGGUCCAGAUGGCAAGCCUGAUUCUAAGAAGUCUUUCUUCUAUAAAGAAGUGUUUGAGUCUCGUAAUGCAGGUGAUGCCAAAGAGGAUGGAAGGUCUGGGCAGAGAAAUAUAUUCAGAGAGCAUGAAAGGCCUGAUGACUUUACAACUUCUGUUAGUCAAAAGAUCAUGACCUAUGCCAACAGCGUGGUGUCUGAUAUGAUGGUCUCCAUCAUGAAGACCCUGAAAAUCCAAGUAAAGGACACAACCAUUGCCACCAUCCUUCUGAAGAAGGUACUGCUCAGGCAUGCGAAAGAGGUGGUCUCAGAUCUCAUUGACUCCUUCAUGAAGAACCUCCACAAUGUCACAGGGACCCUCAUGACUGAUACAGACUUUGUCUCGGCUGUGAAAAGAAGUCUCUUCUUUCAUGGAAGCCAGAAGGCCACAGAUAUCAUGGAUGCUAUGCUGGGUAAGCUGUACACUGUGAUGUUUGUCAGGAAACCUGAGAAUAUCAGGAAAGCCAAGGACAAGUCUGAGAGUUAUUCCCUUGUCUCCAUGAAAGGAAUGGGUGAUCCUAAAAACCGAAAUGUAAAUUUUGCAACAAUGAAAUCUGAAGGUAGAUUUAUGGAAAAAAUGUACUGUACUCCAUGCAAACCAGAGAAGUCUUGUGCUGAAACUUUGGGUGAACACAUUAUCAAAGAGGGACUGACCUUGUGGCAUAAAACUCAGAAUAAAGAAGAACAAUUUCCAGGUUUUCAGUGUGCAUCAUUUGCAGCUCCCAACAACCAGUGUAGUCCUGUACCAGACUUUCCCCUGGGAUAUCCUCUGGAUGCUUGCAAUCUCAACCCCACUAUGUUUCACCCAGAGAACCCUGAGAAUUUUACGUGUGAAUCAGACUCCUGGGCCAAGGACCUGCUUGUAUCUGCCUUACUUUUGAUUCAAUACCACCUGGCCCAGGGAGGAAGCAUGGAUACACAGAGCUUCCUGGAAGCUGCUGGUAGAACCAACUUCCCCAAGAAGCCCACUGUAGUUUCUGGUGAGACCAACUUUAAGUCUUCUCAUAAGGAAGGUUGCCAAGAAGAAACAGAAAAGAAGGAUCUAAUGAGCAUUUUCUUCAACUUUAUCCGGAAUUUACUUAGUGAGACCAUUUUCAAGAAUGACUGUAGCUCUGAACCCAAGGUACCAGAACAACCAGUUAGGGAAGACCCGUGUGAAAGACCUGUAACCCCUACUCCUAUCAAACCAAGUGAAGGUGACGAGCCUUGUGGUACCUUUGCUGGGCUGACCAAGAUAUUUGUCAACCAGCUAGAUGGCCACAUGAAUGGGCAGCUGUUAGAACAUCUGAUAGACUCAGUGAUGAAGUUGUGUCUCAUUAUUGCCAAGUCCUGUGACUCUCCCUUGGCAGAGCUGGGAGACGAUAAGUCUGGGGAUGCCAGCAGGCCAGCUUCGGCCUUCCCAGAUAAUUUAUAUGAGUGCUUACCAGUCAAGGGCACAGGGACAGCAGAGGCUGUCUUGCAAAAUGCCUAUCAAGCUAUCCAUAAUGAAUUGAGAGGCGUAUCAGGACAGUUCCCUGAAGGAUGUGCAGCACCCAAAGUGAUUGUCAGCAAUCAUAACCUAAUUGAUACAGUUCAGAACAAGCAACUCCAAGCCGUACUUCAAUGGGUAGCCGCCUCUGAGCUCAAUGUCCCUAUUUUGUACUUUGCUGGUGAUGAUGAAGGAAUCCAAGAGAAGCUACUUCAGCUCUCAGCUGUCGCCGUGGACAAAGGACGCAGCGUGGGUGAGGUUCUGCAGUCAGUGCUGCGCUACGAGAAGGAGCGACAGCUGGACGAGGCGGUGGGCAACGUCACGCGGCUGCCGCUGCUGGACUGGCUGAUGGUGAACUUGUGA